AUGGGCGGCAGGCAGCGACCCCCGUCUGGCACCACAGGGCCAGGCUGGGGGCUGGCAACCACAGAGGCCAGGCUGGGGGGGAAGGAUGAGGGCCAGGACCCCCGGGCACCACCCAGGCGCUUAGGCUGCAGCCCCCGUCUGGCACAGACAGGGGCCAGGCUGGGGCUUCGGUGGGCGGGGGACCCCGUCUGGCAUGGUGCAGGAGUCUGGGGGAGUUCGCAUGGGGCCACAGGCUGGGGCUUCGGCAUGGGGCGGGGCCAGGAACCACAAGGCCAGGCUGGGGAUCGAGCAUGGGCGGGCACGUCUGGAAACCACAGGGCCAGCGCUUUCGCAGCAGGACCGUCUGGCUGGGGCUUCGGCAUGGGGCAGGCAGGCCCAGGCCCCUUUGGGGCGGCACCCCCGUCUAGGCUGGGCACCACAGGGCCAGGCUGGGGCAUUGGGGCGGGCAUGGCACCACAGGGCCAGGCUGGGGGCUUCGCAUGGGGCGGCAGCAGGGGGUUUCGCCAUGGGCUUCGCGAGGGCAGGACCCCCCGUCUGGCAGCCACAGGGCAGGCUGGGGGCUUGCAUGGGGGGACAGGACCCCGUCUGGCACGACAGGCCAGUGGGGGCUUCGGCAUGGGGCGGAGUGAUGAGUGUAUCAUUGCAUGGAAUCUGGCACUUAAUAUACAAGGGCAGCGCGUGAGGACUGAGGGGGCUGGAGGACAGGUAUCCCUCCAUCUGGCACCACAGGGACCCCCCUUGGGGUCUUCGCAUGGGCGGGCAGGAGGCUCCGUCUGGCACACAGGCAGGGCUGGGGGCUUCCAUGGGCGGCAGACCCCCGUCCUGGCACGCCCACAGGCCAGGCGGGGGGCUCGGCUGGGGCGGGCCAAGGGUUCGUCUUUCGGUUCUCCAUAG